CUUCAAAUAACUUUAGAAUUAGAAAUAAAAAAAUAAUAAAAUACUGAAUACCUAUAUAUCUAAGGAAAUUCUAAAAGUAAUAACGGCAACACCGAACCCAAGCGCAUUCUCUGAAUAAAAUUCGAAAUUCAAGGUGACCUCUAGGGCCCGCUGCCUUGCCUAAACAAUUUUCAGUUGUCUUUGCCGGUCGCUCGUUAUACACGGACAAUUUAAGUUUAACUUAGAAAUUUUAAGGGUGCAAAAAUGUCUUCCGCGCCACAAAGCGACGUGGAAAGAAGAAAACAGAUCAGUGUCAGGGGCAUAGCAGAACUUGACGAUGUAAACGAGAUCAAAAAAACUUUCAACAGACACGUUCACUACACCCUGGUGAAGGACAGAAAUGUUGCUACCACCAGAGAUUAUUAUUUUGCCCUUGCUCAUACAGUGAGGGAUCAUCUGGUGUCUAGAUGGAUCAGAACUCAGCAGCAUUACUAUGAGGUUGAUCCUAAGAGGACCUACUAUCUCUCCUUGGAAUUUUACAUGGGCAGGUCCCUAUCCAAUACCAUGAUCAAUUUGGGCCUUCAAACUUCAUGCGAUGAAGCUCUAUACCAGCUGGGUUUGGACAUUGAGGAAUUAGAAGAAAUGGAAGAGGACGCUGGUCUUGGUAACGGCGGUCUUGGACGAUUGGCUGCUUGCUUCUUGGAUUCUAUGGCAACUUUAGGUAUGCCUGCUUAUGGAUAUGGUAUCAGGUAUGAAUAUGGUAUCUUUGCCCAAAGAGUCAUUAACGGAGAACAACAAGAAGAACCUGAUGAUUGGCUACGUUUUGGCAACCCCUGGGAAAAAGCUAGGCCCGAAUAUAUGCUACCUGUUAACUUUUAUGGCAACGUCAUUGAAACCCCUGAAGGCACCAAAAAAUGGGUCAACACUCAAGUUGUGUUCGCUCUACCCUACGACAACCCAAUUCCCGGUUACAAAAACAACGUUGUCAACACAUUGAGGUUGUGGAGCGCAAAAAGUCCUGUCGAUUUUGACUUGAAAUUCUUUAACGAUGGUGAUUAUAUCCAGGCCGUCCUUGAUAGAAAUCUGGCAGAAAACAUCUCCAGAGUGCUCUAUCCCAAUGAUAACUUUUUCGAAGGCAAAGAGUUGCGUCUUAAACAAGAAUACUUUAUGGUAGCUGCCACAUUACAAGACAUUAUUCGGAGGUUUAAAUCGGCCAAAUUUGGAACUAAAGCUACUACUAGAAAUAACUUUGAUCAAUUCCCAGAUAAGGUAGCCAUUCAACUUAACGACACUCACCCAUCUCUAGCUAUUCCAGAACUGAUGAGGUUAUUGGUCGAUGUUGAAGGCUUAUCAUGGGAAAAAGCCUGGGAAAUUACUUGCAAAACUUGCGCCUACACCAACCACACCGUUCUUCCUGAAGCUCUAGAACGUUGGCCAACAAGUUUACUCCAAAACAUCUUGCCAAGACAUUUGGACAUCAUCUACAGAAUCAACCAUCAUCAUUUGGAAAAUGUUGCCAAAAGAUGGCCUGGUGACAUGGACAAAAUGAAGAGAAUGUCUUUGAUUGAAGAAGAUGGUGAAAAGCGAGUCAAUAUGGCUAAUUUGAGUAUCGUGGGCAGUCAUGCUGUUAAUGGCGUGGCUAGGAUUCAUUCUGAAAUUAUCAAGAAAGAUUUGUUCAGAGAUUUCUAUGAAUUGACUCCGGAAAAAUUCCAAAACAAAACCAACGGCAUCACUCCACGCAGAUGGUUGCUGCUGUGCAACCCCGGACUGAGUGAUGCCAUCUCUGACCGUAUCGGCGAAGAGUGGAUUGUCCAUUUAGACCAACUACAAAAACUCAAACCUUUUGCCAAAGACCCCAACUUUCAAAGGAUCGUUAUGAAAGUCAAACAAGAAAACAAAUUAAGACUUGCUCAGCUUUUGGAAAAAGAUUACGGUGUGAAGGUCAACCCAGCUUCAAUGUUCGAUAUUCAUGUCAAGCGUAUUCAUGAAUACAAGAGGCAACUUCUCAAUGUUCUCCACAUUAUUACCCUUUACAACAGAAUCAAGAAAAAUCCUUCAGCUAAAUUCGUUCCGAGAACUGUUAUGAUUGGAGGUAAAGCAGCUCCUGGUUACUACACUGCCAAAAAAAUUAUUAAACUAAUCAAUUAUGUUGGAAACGUGGUUAACAACGACCCCAUUGUUGGUGACAAGCUUAAAGUUAUUUUCUUGGAAAACUACAGAGUAACAUUGGCGGAAAAGAUCAUUCCUGCUGCAGAUCUGAGUGAGCAAAUCUCUACGGCCGGUACAGAAGCGUCCGGAACUGGAAACAUGAAGUUCCAAUUGAACGGAGCGUUAACUGUUGGUACUUUGGAUGGAGCCAAUGUUGAAAUGGCUGAAGAAAUGGGCAACGAGAAUAUCUUUAUUUUUGGUAUGACUGUGGAUGAGGUCGAGGCUUUACAAAAAAAAGGUUACAACGCCUACGAUUACUACAACGCCAAUCCUGAACUGAAGCAAGUAGUCGACCAAAUCCAGAACGGAUUUUUCAGUCCUAACAAUCCGGACGAAUUCAAAGAUUUGGCGGAUAUUUUGCUGAAAUAUGACAGAUUCUUCCUAUUAGCUGAUUAUGAUUCUUAUAUCAAAAAACAAGAACAAGUCAGCGAAACGUACCAGAAUCAACCCAAAUGGUUAGAAAUGGCCAUAAUGAACAUCGCCACUUCCGGUAAAUUCUCCAGUGACCGUACUAUUAUCGAAUACGGAAAGGACAUCUGGGGAAUAGAACCCAACUACCACAAGCUACCCGAUCCAUCUGUUCCAAGAGAACUUGCUCUUAAAGAUGAUAAAUAAACUUUAAGGCUUAGUUUUUAGGCAGCAUGCUAAAUAUUUAGUCGUAAAAGCAAUUGUCAAGGUGAUAAAAAUUUAGCUUAAGAGUCAGAAGUAAUUUGAGUGAAGUUUUUUUUUCUAUUUGCCAACUAAAAUAUCUCAGGUAAAUUUUCUUUUAAAUGCCAAUGACUUCUUCAGACUCUCUAUUUAGAAAUUCUGUCCUUUGAAAGGACAAAUUAAUGUGUCAUAUAUUUGUUACACAACAUUAAAUUUAUAUUGUUUGUUAAAUAAUAGCUCAUUGUGAUUUUUUUGUUAAAAAUGUUCUGGAUUUUGAUCAUAUCUAAUACAGCGAGCUUGACAAAUUUUAUUGUUGUUGGAUAUUUAAAUUUUAAAAAAUACUUUCUAACGAAUGCAGUGUCAAUACAUAAAAUACUCAUAUUUUUCUUGUGUGGAUUAUAUUUUUGUUUUAGAAUAUUUCAUUAAUAAAAUACUAUUUACUCAAUGAAAUAA